UGUCGUUUUCCACGUGUCCCCAAGAUGUCUCAGCUUUACGUGCGAUCCAUGGCCGCUCUCGACAAAUUCGUCCCUCACAAGUUCCAGCCACUCUGGCAGCAUCCAGCUGGACCUAAAACUGUUUUCUUUUGGGCUCCGGUUUUCAAAUGGGGUUUAGUUAUUGCUGGGAUCAGCGAUUUGCAGAGGCCAGCUGAUAAGAUAAGCGUCUCGCAAACCACGGCUUUGGCGGCCACUGGUAUUAUUUGGUCGAGGUACUCUCUGGUCAUCACGCCCAAGAACUACAGUCUCUUCAGCGUCAAUCUGUUCGUUGGAAUGACGCAGCUUUACCAGCUAUUUAGAGCUAUCAGGCAUCAAAGGAGUCUUAAAGCGAACUAAAUGAUUAACCAAUUUUUAGUACAAUUGUUACGUUAAAGGAAAAACUUCAAAGAAAUUAUGUAAGUCUAUAUCAAUAUUUAUUAAUUAUUCGCAAGUCUCUUGGGAUCUGGUUACUGUGAUAGAUCUAACUUGUUGCUGUUUACCGUAUAUUUAUAUAUCUUGUAAUUAUAAUUUAUAUAUUUUAUACAACCAAAUUCGUUGUUUUAUUUGUUU